UAUUAUCGCCUGUAGGAGGUUGACCGCUCUCCGGAGCAAUAUUUAUUUGUCUUAAACGUUUUUAAUCUUUAUUUAAACAUGAUUGGCCUGUGCCUUUACGUUCCUGUUCUUAAUUCGGAUGCAACUGAAUUCGAGUAUUUUGAGUCUAACGGACUACCAUCGCAGCUUAAAUCGCUUUUUAAAUUAAGUGUGUUUCUACCGUCCCACGAAUUUUCAACUUAUCGGAAAUGGAGAAAGAAAUCCGUGAAAAGUGCAGAUAAGGACCUGGAAGGGCAAAUGGUCUUUGAGGAGUUCAUUCACUAUUUGCAAGAUCACGAGAAAGACCUGAAACUCGUUUUCAAGAGCCAGGACAGGAGAGCUGAUAAAAUAGAUUGUAAAGAGAUCAUGCAGUCUCUCCAGGACCUUGGUGUCCACAUAUCCCAGAAGCAUGCAGAGAAGGUCUUACACAGCAUGGAUAAGAAUGGAACCAUGACAAUCGAUUGGAAUGAGUGGAGUGACUACCCUUUGCUACAACCCAAAGAAAACAAUGUCCCUGAGAUCACCCUGUACUGGAAACACUCCACGCUCUUUGAUGUUGGUGAAAAUCUGAUGGUGCCUGAUGACUUCACAACAGAGGAGAAGCUGACGGGGAUGUGGUGGAGGCAUCUGGCUGCAGGUGGAGGUGCAGGAGCUGUGUCCCGAACCUUCACCGCCCCCUUAGACCGACUGAAAGUACUCAUGCAGGUCCACGGUUCCCGUAGCAACAACAUGUGCAUCAUGAGUGGGCUUAGUCAGAUGAUCAAAGAAGGUGGGAUGAGGUCACUUUGGAGAGGGAACGGAAUGAACGUCAUCAAAAUUGCUCCUGAAUCGGCCAUCAAGUUCAUGGCCUAUGAGCAGAUCAAGCGUUUGAUUGGUAAUGAUAAGGAGACCCUAGGCAUCCUGGAGCGUUUUGUAGCUGGCUCUACGGCUGGAGUCAUCGCUCAGAGCACCAUCUACCCCAUGGAGGUUCUGAAAACUCGACUUGCCUUGCGAACUACUGGUCAGUACUCCAGCAUUUUUGACUGUGCAAAGACUAUCUUCAGGAAAGAGGGACUAGGUGCCUUUUACAAGGGAUUUAUCCCCAACCUGAUGGGCAUCAUCCCCUAUGCUGGAAUUGACCUGGCUGUGUAUGAGACAUUGAAAAACUCCUGGCUAGAGAAGUAUGGCACAAACAGUACAGACCCAGGUGUUCUGGUUCUGCUUGGUUGUGGCACAGUGUCCAGUUCCUGUGGUCAGCUGGCCAGUUACCCCUUGGCCUUGGUCAGGACCCGCAUGCAGGCACAAGCUAUGCUCCUGGGCAGCCCACAGGUGACCAUGUCAGGGCUCUUCAAACAAAUCAUCCAGAUAGAAGGUGCCACUGGCCUCUACAGGGGACUGGCCCCUAACUUCCUGAAGGUCAUUCCAGCUGUCAGCAUCAGCUAUGUUGUGUAUGAGAACCUGAAGAUGUCACUGGGAGUUAAAUCACGAUGAAGUGACGAAAUAUGAAUGGUUCAGCAUUGAAAGCACUUUAAGGCUACGGAACCUGAGACUGUUGGGACUUGAGGUUUAGGAAUUAGAGCCAUCUCAUUCUGUGAAUGCACAAAGAUGAAGAGCCUGGAACCGCAGAAUGAAAUGGAAUCAACUCUGUGAGCUGAAACGGAGGGAAGGGGACCUUCCUUCAAUACUGUGAUUGCUGCUAUUAAUGUGGUUUUAAAAGACUGAGUUACGACCAGAAUUCUACAUUGAAUUUCUGUUUGCUACUCAACUGAAUAAGCAACUCUUACUGGGGAACAAUUAUUGCUCUUGUUGUAAGUUGUGUUAAAGUGCCACCUAAAAACCACAAACUAUGACAAUGUACCUUUCUUUGACUAAUGUGAUUUCAAACAUACUACAGUAAAGCAUUGUUGGGUAUUUGAAAUAGUUAUUGGUUCUGCCCUCAAAUCUGCUUUUGUCUUUGACUGAUAUGUCAUUAGUGUUUCUUGUAGGUAGGAACUGGCAAAACAUGAAUGGUGACUCUUUCCCAUUUUCACAUGGUGCUGAUUGACAUUUUAUUCAUACUGCCAUUUCCAAAUGAAUGAUGCUGUAUUUCUGAAUGACUGACGUGUUUCUAGCUACCCAGGAUUAAUGUUUGUGUUGUCUGGAGAUGACUGUGCUAAGAAUGGAGAUUUUUGUAUUUAUUUUGAUCAUGCACUUAAGUUCAUAGGUUUGAUUCAUAUGGAAAAAAAUAGGAACUGUAUUAGUACGAGUUGUGUGAUUUUAAAAAUAGGUGUUUCCAAAUCACAUCAGCAUCUUGUACUAUAUUGAAGAGUACUUGUAUAUGUCUUUAAUGUCGACAGUCUUAUUUAUUGCUUGAGACAAUCCUGCGUGCUUGCCCUCUGCAUACAUGUAGUAAUUUAUCUAUUUAUUUUGGAAGUACACAAUACUUCUGUGAGUGCAAAUCUUAGGUAUGCUCAGUACAGCCUUUGUAAACCAAACAUGAUUUGAGUUGAUCAAAUAACACUAAUGCACUUUAAUUAAUGCAUAUUUAAAUGUUUUGCAUUAACUUUAUUUAAACAUUUUUAUAAUGUAAUUAUUAAAAAUUGCAAUGGACCAUUUGCUACAAUGUUCUUGCGCAAAUAAAUGAAAGCUUUUAUAUAUUCA